CUUAAGUACACUAUGAUCAAUGCUCUAGCUGUACCAAGAGCAAAUGCUCCAGAGAAAAGAAAGAGAAGUGCAUAUUCUCGAGUAUUCUGUCUAGGGUGUAGUGAGAGGCGCAUUCGAUGUGAAUUAUCGAACGACGUGGAGAUCCCAAAUCCAGGAGAAGCCUCGACAGCUAAGACGCCGUACUAUCGAUGCAAGAGGCUGGCUAUUCCAUGCAGAAUUACACAGACAAUAUUGAACCGACCAGGGGUUGGGCAAACCGAUUUGAACAUCUCGUUAGAGACCAAGCUCGAGCACGCUCGCAACGUCGUUUCGCAUAUCGUCGUUGAGUUUUCGUUACCAACAACCUUCUCAUCCAAAGAGCUCGUCCUACGGCCUGAAUCGAAUCUUGCGACGGAUCAGGAGCAGGCCCCAGGGCACAAACCACUGAUUCACAACCCACAGUCACCCGAUGCAACCCUCAUCAUUUACACCCGCUCCACGGUGCAGAUCCACAAGGUAGAGAAUCAAUGGUUCCGUCAUCUCCCUGCCCAAGUCGGCCAUUUCCCCUGCCUUGAUCUUUCAGUCAAAGCCAGAGUCGCAGCCUGCGCCUUUGCACGCAAAGUUCCAUACGUAACGUCUCGCGACUGCUACCAAGCACUCGCACUCUCAAGGACCAUAGGAUUCCCACACGUCUUCACAUCGAAGGUCUAGCUGCAAUCAUCAAGGGCGGCAUAUAGAAUUAUCUAGUCUCUCAGCUUGCAAAAGAUAUCGUUGACUUUCAGAUGUGUGACACUGCCACCACAGCACAUAUUCGUGGUGUUCCGUCACCAUUCGAAACUAUCCCAAGCGCAUAUUACAUUGGUACAAGCAGCGAGAUUACCUACAGGCAUCGGUGCCGACUAAAUCGUUGGGCGUUGAGCUCU